UAGGAUCUGAUUUAAAUAGUAACAUGAUCAGUGACUUAAAACCUGAAUGUUCGUUUCCAUCCUGGUAUCCACAAUUUCGUAAAGACUCUCUGAAGGCAACUAUUCUUCAUAUUCCUAAUAAGGUACUUGAGUAUUUGGAGCAUGAUGCAUUUUUGUUACCUGUUGAGGCAACAAAAGAACCAAUAGAAACUCUAGAAUGGGCAGACGGUUCUCCUGUAAUACACGAAGAGCUUUCUUCUGAACUUCAGCCAACAUUUCCAGAAUUUAGUCAAAAGAUUCAAAAUGUUAUCGAUGAAUAUGGAGCAGUUUUUAUUAAAAGCAAUUGGAGUUCACCCUAUGAUGCAACUUGGGUUGCACCAACAAAAACACUUAAGUGUAAAACAUUAGAAGAAGUUUAUUUGUUACUCAAAAGUUCAGACAGAAUUGCAAAGGAUUUAGGUAACAUAAAAAGUUACAUGGCUAGUGACACUCCUUUGGCAUCAUGUAUUGUGUUAAAGCAAUGGAGAGACAUUAAUCCAUGUACAGAAUUUCGAUGCUUCGUAAUUGAAAAUGAACUUAUAGCAAUUAGUCAACGAGAUAUAUCACAGUACCACAGCUACAACGAAUCGGAAAAAUAUAAUAUUCAAACGGAUAUCAAAAGCUUGUUCAUGGAACGUAUCAAAGACAGAUUUCCAUUGAACGAUUAUUCGUUUGAUGUAAUUCGCUAUAAGAAGGAAAAAGUGAAGAUAGUUGACUUUGGUCCUCUGAAUGAAUCCUCUACCAAAGGAACACUUUUUACAUACGAGGAAUUACAAAAUCAGAUAAACGACACGCCGGAAUUUAGAUUUAUCGGCGAGGAGAUUGGUAUUCAACCCAAACCCUCGAAUCAUUUUUGUAUUCCACAAGAAAUAAAUGAAUUUUUUCAAUCGAACGACAGCUUAUCAUUAUUAGACAUCAUUCGAAGAGAAGUUGAAAAUCAACGGAAAGAAUAAGAGACUGUCAUUUCCAAUGCAGCGAAUUCAAUUUAACUCGAUUUAUCGUGCGGGCGACAAAUAAUCUCAAUACUUUCUGUCCGAGUAUACGGAACAUAGAAUUAUAAACAUAUGUACAUAUGUAAAACGGAUUGUGUAUCGUUAACACACCAUUUUGUUAUUUUCUCUUUCGUGUCGUGAACGUUCACAGAUUUUUGUUCUUCCAUGAAACAUGUUUCUUACCUUCGAGGUGGACCGUUAUACACGCAGAGACGAAUAAAUACGAAAAAAACU